AUGAACGAACGACUGAGGAAAAGCCGAGGCCAUGGUGUUGGAUAUCUGAUGUCUACGUUACAGGCUCGAGACGACGUCCACACAUCACCCUACUCUCCUGAUUUGAACCCGAACAACUUUGACGAGACCAUCAAGGACGGAACCUACUUCAUCAAGGCAUACUCACCACAAUGCAGUCACUGCAGAGACCUUGCGCCAACAUGGAACGCGGUAGCCGAGCAGUUGAAGGACUUGGAGGGCUUCCACUUCGCCUCGUUGAACUGCGCGGCAUAUGGAGAUCUCUGUUCAAAGAUCGGUGUGACGGCAUACCCUUCCAUGAGACUGUUCAAAAAGGGAGAGCAGAUCGAGGAGUACCCAAUGUAUGCUUCCCGGACUGAGAGGGAGAUCAGCAAGUACGUGAAGGCGAAUGCUGGUGUCGGCGAGAAGACUCCUGAGCAGGUCAAGGAGGAGGCACCUAAGGUCGAUGUUGAGAAAGCUACCGAAGUGGCUACGCCAAAGAACGCCGAAAUCGAAAAGAAGCUCAACGCCGAGGCACCAAAAGCUCUUACCAAUGUGAACGCUCACGGUAUUGCCACCGAACUCACCCAGGAGACUUUCCACUCCCUCGUCUCCACCACCAACGACCCUUGGUUCAUCAAGUUCUACACUCCUUGGUGCCACUACUGCCAGCAGAUGGCCCCUGCAUGGACCGAGCUUGCGAAGGAGAUGCGUGGAAAGCUCCGUAUCGGCAGCGUCAACUGCGAGGCUGAGCCGAGGUUGUGCAAGGAUCUUGGAUUGAGAGGUUACCCCACUCUCAUGUUCUUCCGUGGAGGUGAGAAGGUGGAGUACGAGGGUCUCCGUGGAUUGGGAGACUUAUUGGCUUUCUCGAACAUGGCUGUUGAGGCUGGCGCCCACGAGGUUGACGCGGCUGGUUUGGAAAAGUACGCCGAGAAGAACGAGGUUACCUUCAUCUACUUCUACGAUGACGCUACUACCUCUGAGGACUUUGCUGCUCUCGAGCGCACUUCUCUUCCCCUGAUCGGUCACGCACCGUUGUUGAAGACCAAAAGCGACAUUCUUGCCGCGCGCUUCCGCGUCAACGCCUUCCCCAAGCUCAUCGCCGUCCGCGACGGAAAGCCAAACUACUACACCGCCCUCGGACCUCGUGACAUGCGCGACUACCGCCGUAUCAUCAGCUGGAUGCAAUCCGUCUGGCUUCCCGUUCUCCCCGAGUUGUCCGCCGCGAAUGCUCACGAGAUCAUCACCUCCGAGAAAACUGUCGUCCUCGCUAUCCUCGAUCCCCAGGCCGAGGACUUUGACGCUGUGAGGAAGGAGAUGAAGGAUGCUGCGCUUGCAUUUGCGGAUGCUCGUGCUGAGGAUGAGAAGGCGGACAAGAUGAGGCAGCGGAAGGAGAAGCAGGAUAAGAUUGAUGAGGCUGAGCGUGAUGGUGACAAGGGUGCCGUUGACCGCGCGAAGGGCAUUCAGGUCGUUGUUCCCGAGCCGAAGAAGGUCGGCUUCGCCUGGGUCGACGGCGUGUUUUGGGAAAAGUGGAUCGCCGGCACAUACGGUAUCGACGUUCAUGAGACUGGACACCGCGUCAUCAUCAACGAGCAGGACGAGAAGAGGUUCUGGGAUAUCACCAAAGUCGGACAACCCAUCCCCCCUGCCAAAGCCCUCGUUCUCGACACCUUGAACGCAGUCCUGAAGAACCCCCGCUCCAUCCACUUCAAAUCCACCAAGACCCGUUUCGAGUCCGCCGUCUCCGCCGCCAAGGAACUAGGCGAGGCACACAGACAUUCUCUUGCGGGAUUCGCUGUGUGGUGGUUCGUUAAGAGAAAGGGAACGGGUGCGUUUAACAGGAGGAAGGGAGGUAUUUUGGAUGGGGUUGGGCUUAAGGACGUGGAGAGUAGGGCGGGGGCUGCGGCUAGUAAUGGCAAGGGAACUGGAAAGUUCGAUUAGAAGUGU